AUGAUCUGCCAGUUUGAUAAUGAUGCGUCUAAUCGGUGCCAUGAGUAUGAAGCUGCGCCGAUAACAACGGCCCCAAAACCUAAUGAAAAAGAAUGUGAUGGAAAAAUAUCUCCAACAAAUUAUACUAAUCCCUCCAGUUCUAAAAAGCAGUCUUUACUUGCUGAAAACUAUGUGCAAAGAUCAACAGCUAUCACCACUACACCUACUACUGCACCCAUUUGCUAUACGACUACUCGUUCAGCUGCAAUGAUGGCAUUAGCUUUAGGUCAACAGUCCAAAAGUCCGGUCCAUACGGUCAAAAUACGUAACGAAAACGUAAUACUUAAAAGUGAUGCAGAACUGUCAGCUAGCCUCAUACAGCACAAUAAGACAUCUUCGACUGCUUCGGUUUCAACUGCGUCCACAAAAGUAAAUAAUUCAUCACCUGAAAUGACUGCCACAGCACGGUUUAAAUAUAACUCAAAUAUCAACAGCACAAAUAAUGCCAUUUUCUCAGGUGGGAGUGGUUCAAGUGGUUCUGAUAAUGAUUGUUUUAAUACCUCGUCCUCUUCUUCGGCAACUGCACUGAGACGCUUAUACUUUAGAAGCGGUCGCAGUAAUAAACCCAAAAUGAAUCCAACAGCAAAUUCGACCAUGACAAGUAUUCCAUUAACUGUAAUUAAUCAGGCAAAUAUUGCAUUUCAUACAUCUGUACAAACCGAGGGCGUUCCAAAGGUUGUCGUUAUGGGUUCAUCAGCGGCGUCAAUGACAGAAGCAAACAUCAGCACAUCAACGGACUCAGCAUCUACACUUGUAACAAGUAUUGCCCAUACCACGGACACGUCGGCUUCUGAAACUUGUGAUGAUUCUGUUGAUUUGGGUGAUAACUCCGGACCGAGCGAACCAUUAUUUAGCUCAUUGGAGGAGCCACUACUUACCACAAAGCAUAUUGACUCUGAACAUGAUAGUAAUGAUAUCGAGUUAAAAAGUUGUUCAAGAUACCCUAGAUCAGAAAUGAACUUACAGGAUAGCACAGAGAGCCAAGAAUCCACAUUAUCCAUAUUUGCUGCUGAACCAACAUCAACCACGCCUUUGUUGUCAAAUUGUCGUUAUGAUCUAAAUACUGAACAUCUCAGAUGUGAAUCCGAACUUUUGCCAAAUACGGCACCUGCACCAAGUAGUGGCACAAAACACUUUACAUUUGAUCCGCCAAAAGCUCCACAAUCGGCCAGCACAUUUGAAAAGUCAAGAAACCUUUUUACUUUUAGAGGAAAUACAAGCGGUAAUUCUUCAAAAUCUAAUCAAAAUCAACAACAAACACAACAACUUCAAAAACAAAUUCGGCGUUUCUUCGACUCCGACAAGAAUAUUGAGGAACGCAUACACAAUACAAAACAGAAUGAGGACCGCAGCAUUAUAGCAACGAAACGAGAGAACACAUCUAAUAAAAACAAAUUUCGCACUGCAUAUGCAUCUCAACGUAAUACUAAUAAUAGCACUGAGGGGGAAGAUAUAAACGAAAGUGAAAAUCUACGUAGUGGCACUAAAAAGUCUCGAGCGCGUGAUGUUAAUACAACAGUUAAUUCACGUAACCGUUAUUCAACGGGAGGGAUAGCAGCUUUAAGUAGCACAAAAACAAGUCCAAAGCACGAAGUACGACGCUCGCCCACUUCAUCUAAAAUCAAUUCAGCUCCACCAACUUUGAAGGAGAGUAAUUUUUUUAAUAGUGCUCAAGUAUAUGGAAAGUUAAAAGAAUUACCCCCACCGACGCAUACUCAAGGCGCUAAUCAACGCAAAUAUUCUUCAAGUUCUUCAUCUGGUGGCAGCGAACGCGAUCGUAGAACUCCAAAAGAUAGCACAAUGUUUCCUUUUGAUCGUGAGGCAAUUGAUUACAAACGCAUACAAAUGGAAUGUUUUGAAGUUAAUGAAAAUUCGAGCUCGGAAAGUGAAACUAGCGAUUCUAAUAGUGGUGAAUCAUGUUCUGUAUAUGAACGAAAAUUAUCAUUGCAUCAUAACACUCCUAAAUCGGCUGAUAUAUUUCAACAGUAUACUCUUUUAUCACAUCAAGAACUGCAACAAAGUCAUCACGUCAAUACCGGUCCACCAUCUCGUAAAAAUUCAAAACGCAUACGAUCCGACUUUGUCAUGCAUAGCACUAUACGUGAAAAUCAACAAUAUAUUAUGGAUUCUAAUGCAUUUUCUCCACAUCAGAAAACGUCAUUGUCGCUUUGCCAUCAGUCGCAAAAAUCGCAUGGAGAAUCAACAAUUUUUAAUGAGCUCUCUUCAAAAUUUGAGCAGACUACAUCAAAGUCUGGAUCGAGUGCUAACAUAUCGCACAGUAAGAUUUCUAGUCCUAACAGUAGUAUUAACAGCACUCAUACCACAGUUGGAGGAAAACAUUCAACUAGUAGCACAUUCAACAGUCCAACAAAUAGUGUAAUCGAUGUUCGUAGUGAUGCAUGUUUGGAAUCACAUAAACUUUUACAUAAGAAGUCAUAUAAAUCAAAAAGUAAUACUGGAAAAGGUAAGACAACGGACUCACCUACAAAGUUAACAAACAUAAAGUACAAUGGAACUGGAACAGUUAUAUGUACAGCUACAGGACCUAUCAAUGUGACUCCCAAUCCUAUGGACUCGGCGAUGUGCAAGCAACCAUUAGCUACAAUUGUCGUUCAACAGCCAUCACUAAGUCUAGACAAUACCGUGGAAACAGUACUUAUCAAAAAUGAAGGCGAAUUCGUUAGUGUUGAGCAGGGAAAAGAUUUGAAUGCGAUCACUGGGUUAUCUGCGCGGAAACGAGAUUCACAACAAUUACAGAAUGCACCUCAUCUUCAUCAUCUACAACAACCGGAACAACAACAGCGGCAAAAACGCGAUGAAAACAUAAGGCAGCUUUUGGAUGUAACAAAUACUUUAACGUUUGAAGAACUACGCGAUUUUGAAAUGCGCAUUGUACUUCAAACACUGUCGGUCAUUGCCUUAGUCUCAAGUAAGGCGAUUUUAGAUCAGCAUUCUUCUCCCACACAGCAGAAUAGCGCAGAUGUUUUACAAAAACGAAUUGACUUUGGAAAUGAUGCUCACAUUGACAUCAUAGAUGAGCAUCAUCAUCACCAUCAUCACGAACAUGAACAUGAUCCGGGAUUUUGGAAAAAAAAAGUUACUUGGAAAGAAGGUUUGAUAAAAGCAUCAAAUUUCUUUUUAUUUUAA